AUGACUGAAAAGCUUUGGGUGGACAUCGAAAAAGGCGGAGGUUGGAUUCCGCAACGCAAAUUGUGUACUUUGAACCGGAUUCUUUUGUACAUUCUCAUCUGUCUGUGUAUUCUGACUGCUGUUGUGACAGUCAGGAGGUCUUCAGUCCACUCUCAUUAUCUCAUGGUGUCUGAUCCUCACGCAAACCAAGAACCUUUCAUUAUUGAUAGCCGCUUACACAAAGCCCGCAACUCCCAAAGGGUGCCCUAUGAUACGGAAUACAAUGUUGUGGUCAACGCUGCCGACGCAAAAUUAAAGAAACCGGAAAGGUCGCCAGCCGUGCCUGUCAAGCGAAACCCAGUUGUUCUACAUAAAGAAGUGGAGGCAAUUACGCUUGUGUCCAAACUGGUUUUGGUGGUCGAUUCACUGAACCGCAAAUACGAAAGCCUCGCUCGAAACUUAUGGGGUGAGCCCUUACUAAUGAACCUAAGCAAGCAUCCUUACAACGAUGCGCUCAAGGACUAUAUGGUAGACUACUUCAAGGUCGAGAAGCUGCCCAUUCUGCUUGUGAAUGGAAAACCAAUGGUGAGUGGAGAUGACUUAAAUGAUGCAAGAUUUGCUCGCAUCAACAGGCUCAUCAAGGAGAAUCUGCAUUAA